AUGGAGGAAAGGUAUGAGGCAUUAAAAGAACUAGGUUCUGGUAAUUUUGGGGUGGCAAGGCUAGUGAGGGACAAGAAAACAAAGGAGCUUCUUGCUGUUAAAUACAUAGAAAGAGGGAACAAGAUUGACGAGAAUGUACAGAGGGAAAUCAUAAAUCAUAGAUCAUUAAGGCAUCCAAACAUUAUCAGAUUUAAAGAGGUAUUGUUAACUCCUACACAUAUAGCAAUUGUGAUGGAAUAUGCAGCAGGGGGAGAACUUUUUGCUAGAAUAUGCAGUGCGGGAAGAUUUAGUGAAGAUGAGGCUCGCUUUUUCUUCCAACAGCUAAUAUCUCCCUGCUGUCAUUCAAUGGAGAUCUGUCACAGAGAUUUGAAACUGGAAAACACACUCCUUGACGGAAGCCCAACACCACGUCUAAAAAUAUGUGAUUUCGGUUACUCCAAGUCUGGAUUAUUGCAUUCACAACCCAAGUCAACAGUAGGAACACCUGCUUACAUUGCUCCAGAGGUCCUGUCACGGAAGGAAUAUGACGGGAAGGUUGCAGAUGUGUGGUCAUGUGGGGUGACGCUGUAUGUGAUGUUAGUAGGAGCCUACCCCUUUGAAGAUCCUGACGAUCCUAGAAAUUUCCGUAAAACUAUUGGGAGAAUAAUGAGUGCCCAGUUCUCCAUACCCGAUUAUAUAAGAAUAUCUGCAGAUUGCAAGAACCUUCUUUCUCGAAUCUUUGUUGCGAAUCCAUCAAUGAGGAUCACCAUUCCAGAGAUAAAGAAACAUUCCUGGUUUCUAAAGAAUCUGCCGAAAAACUUGAUGGAUGGCGAGAAAACGAGUUCAGACCAGGCACAGCAAAGAGUGGAAGAUAUAAUGCGGAUCAUACAAGAGGCAAAGAUCAUUGGAGAAGGGUCAAAACCUGGGCAAGCUCCUGCUGGGGCACCAAUCGACCCCGAUGACAUGGAAGGUGACCUGGAAUCUGAAAUUGACAACAGUGAUUAUUUCGUCGCUCAUAUCUGAGGUUGUCAUUUGAACUAGACUGAAGAAAAAACAUUUUUUUGCAUGAAACUCUGAGUUGUUUAUUAUGUACAUAAGUCUAUCUGCUAUGAACUAUGAGUUUCAGGUGAGCAAACUGUCUUUGAUGUACUUAACAGCAAA